GAAGAGGUCGAGACCAGCUUGGGCAACAUGGUGAGACGUACGCUCGAGUGUGGUCAUUGAGGACAAGUCGACGAGAGAUCCCGAGUACGUCUACGGUCAGCCUUACGGUAAGCUUGUGUGCUCGGAAGAAGCUAGGGUGACAAUGGGGCAAACUAAAAGUAAAACUAAAAGUAAAUAUGCCUCUUAUCUCAGCUUUAUUAAAAUUCUUUUAAAAAGAGGGUGAGUUAGAGUAUCUACAAAAAAUCUAAUCAAGCUAUUUCAAACAAUAGAACAAUUUUGCCCAUGGUUUCCAGAACAAGGAACUUUAGAUCUAAAAGAUUGGAAAAGAAUUGGCAAGGAACUAAAACAAGCGGGUAGGAAGGGUAAUAUCAUUCCACUUACAGUGUGGAAUGAUUGGGCCAUUAUUAAAGCAGCUUUAGAACCAUUUCAAACAGAAGAUAGCGUUUCAGUUUCUGAUACCCCUGGAAGCUGUGUAAUAGAUUGUAAAGAAAAGACAGGAAGAAAAUCCCAGAAAGAAACGGAAAGUUUACAUUGCGAAUAUGUAGCAGAGCCGGUAAUGGCUCAGUCAACACAAGAUUUUGACUAUAAUCAAUUACAGGAGGUGAUAUAUCCUGAAACGUUAAAAUUAGAAGGAAAAGGUCCAGAAUUAGUGGGGCCAUCAGAGUCUAAACCACGAAGUCCUCUUCCAGCAGGUCAGAUGCCCGUAACGUUACAACUUCAAAUGCAGGUUAGAGAAAAUAAGACCCAACCUCCAGUAGCUUAUCAAUACUGGCCGCCGGCGGAACUUCAGUAUCGGCCACCCCCAGAAAGUCAGUAUGGACAUCCAGGAGUGCUCCCAGCACCACAGGGCAGGGCGCCAUACCCUCAGCCACCCACUAGGAGACUUAAUCCUAUGGCACCACCUAGUAGACAGGGUAGUGAAUUACAUGAAAUUAUUGAUAAGUCAAGAAAGGAAGGAGAUACUGAGGCGUGGCAAUUCCCAGUAAUGUUAGAACCGAUACCACCUGGAGAAGGAGCCCAAGAGGGAGAGCCUCUCACAGUUGAGGCCAGAUACAAGUCUUUUUCAAUAAAAAUGCUAAAAGAUAAGAAAGAGGGAGUAAAACAGUAUGGACCCAACUCCCCUUAUAUGAGGACAUUAUUAGAUUCCAUUGCUCAUGGACGUAGACUCAUUCCUUAUGAUUGGGAGAUUCUGGCAAAAUCGUCUCUCUCACCUUCUCAAUUUUUACAAUUUAAGACUUGGUGGAUUGAUGGGGCACAAGAACAGGUCCAAAGAAAUAGGGCUGCCAAUCCUCCAGCUAACAAAGAUGCAGAUCAACUAUUAGGAACAGGUCAAAAUUGGAGCACUAUUAGUCAACAAGCAUUAAUGCAAAAUGAGGCCAUUGAGCAAGUUAGAGCUAUCUGCCUUAGAGCCUGGGAAAAAAUCCAAGACCCAGGAACCGCCUGCCCCUCAUUUAAUACAGUAAGACAAUGCUCGAAAGAGCCCUACCCUGAUUUUGUGGCAAGGCUCCAAGAUGUUGCUCAAAAGUCAAUUGCCAAUGAAAAUGCCAUAAAGUCAUAGUGGAGUUGAUGGCAUACAAAAACGCCAAUCCUGAGUGUCAAUCAGCCAUUAAGCCAUUAAAAGGAAAGGUUCCCACAGGAUCAGAUGUAAUCUCAGAGUAUGUAAAAGCCUGUGAUGGAAAUGGAAGAGCUAUGCAUAAAGCCAUGCAUAUGGUUCAAGCAAUAGCGGGAGUUGUUUUAGGAGGACAAGUUAGAA